AUGAGUCAGGCUAAUAUUAAAAAGAUCAAUGUGGUGAACCCCAUUGUGGAGAUGGAUGGUGAUGAACAAACCCGUAUUAUUUGGGAUUUAAUAAAGAAACAGUUGAUCAACCCAUACUUGAAUGUUGAUUUAAAGUACUACGAUCUUUCUAUUCAAAACCGUGAUGCUACUGAUGACAAAGUGACCUUUGAGUCAGCGGAAGCUACGUUGAAGUACGGAGUGGCGGUAAAGUGUGCCACUAUUACUCCGGACGAGGCUCGUGUGAAGGAGUUUGGUUUGAAGCAAAUGUGGAAGUCUCCUAACGGUACUAUAAGAAAUAUUCUAGGUGGAACUGUUUUCCGUGAGCCCAUAGUGAUUCCCAGGAUCCCAAGACUAGUUCCUGGUUGGGAAGAACCGAUUAUAAUUGGAAGGCACGCCUUUGGUGACCAGUACAAGGCCACUGACGUUGUAAUUCCGGGAGAAGGAACGUUGAAACUUGUCUUCGAAAGCAAAGACGGUGACAAGUCAAAGAAUUUGGAUCUUGAAGUCUUUGAGUUUCCUGCUACGGGCGGUGUGGCUCUAUCUAUGUAUAAUACAAUUGAGUCGAUCACUGGUUUUGCUAAGUCGAGUUUUGAGCUUGCUCUGGCCCGUAAGAUGCCGCUGUACUCCACAACCAAGAAUACGAUUUUGAAGAAGUACGAUGGCCAGUUUAAAGAUAUCUUUGAGGGUAUGUACGACAAGGAGUACAAGGAAAAGUUCACGGCAGCUGGAAUUUGGUAUGAGCAUAGGCUGAUUGACGACAUGGUGGCACAAAUGUUAAAAUCAAAGGGUGGCUUUGUCAUUGCAAUGAAGAAUUAUGACGGAGACGUUCAAUCCGACAUUGUAGCCCAAGGAUUUGGCUCCCUAGGUCUCAUGACUUCGGUGUUGGUGACUCCAGAUGGAAAGGUCUUCGAGAGCGAGGCCGCCCAUGGUACCGUUACAAGACAUUUCAGGCAACACCAGCAGGGCAAGGAGACUUCCACGAACUCAAUUGCAUCAAUAUUUGCCUGGACUCGUGGUAUAAUCCAAAGAGGCAAGCUAGACAAUACGCCUGAAGUCGUGAAGUUUGGCGAACUGUUGGAGGAAUCUACAGUUAACACAGUACAACUAGAUGGUAUCAUGACCAAGGACUUGGCAUUGAUCCUUGGUAAAACUGAUAGAGAAAGUUACGUCACUACAGAAGGCUUCAUUGAAGCAGUCGCUAAGAGACUAGCUGAUGGAUAUCAGCGCCUUACGAGUUCCUAA